AUGGCGAACACCAAAUUACUGCUGUGCCUCUGCCUAGCGGCAGUCUUGCUCUUCGCGACUCCCACUCAUGCUUUCGGCGCCGGAAACAUUGCUUCCAUCUCAAAGAUUGAAGGAAAGAAUUGGCGUCAUGGUGACAUCGAAGAUAUGCUCAAGACUGUCGACUGUCUGAAGAAGCACAAAUGGACUUCGAUGAUGAUCAAACGUGUGUACUUUGGUAACUGGCUUCGUGACUACAGCCAAGCUGUUGAUGUCGGCACUCUCAAGGGCGUGCCUGCUAGCACCAUUCGCAUUCUUGUCUGGGUUCUUGCUUUCAUGAGCUUUGGAUAUGCAACUGCCGAGUUUGAAGUUACCGACGAACGCCUUGGUGUCUAUCGUCCUGAGGAGCAUAUUGACAACCCCAAGGAUUAUGCCGACAACCAAGAUGCGAGACAAUUCGAUCAGCGUCUUCGUGGUCCUGUCCAGCCUGAGGAGCUUGCCAUUGAUCCUGAGACUGGUAUGAAGAACUACAUCGCAAACGAGCGCGGUGACUGGGCCACUUCUUCCGGUUACGUUAGAUACAGUUUGAAGAGAGCUAUCCACUACGGACGUGUCUACACUCAUGGCAACAACAAGGGCGACGAGAAGGAUCUUUGUGAGGCUCUUCGCUGUCUCGGUCAAGCACUCCACUGUAUGGAAGACUUUGGCGCUCACACAAAUUACACCGAGCUUGCCCUUCGUGAGCUCGGACAUCGCAACGUCUUUGCUCAUGUCGGUACCAAUACCGAGAUCAACCUUCGUGGCAAGCGAGUCUUCCCUCUGGUCACUGGAACCUUCGGUGGAGUCGACUUCAUGCACUCUGUUCUUGGUGAGGCCACCGACCACGUCACUCAAAGCGAGGUUGAUGAAAUGCAAAGUGCCUUGAACAACGCUUCUGCUGAUGGAAAGCGAUCCGGCUCUGGUCCAUCGGGCGAGGUAUCCGGCCUGGUUAGCCUCCUGUCUAAGGUGCCUGGUACAAGUGGCCUUUGUCAGGAAGCUGUACGUCUGCAAUCUGAGUCUGAUCAGUACGCUGCUCAAAAUGCUGGUGCAGGUGCUCGUGGCUUUGAUGAUGGCGGCUACAGUCAAGAUCGCGCUUGGAACCCAGUCGCGUCUGCUAACAACACCGCCGAUCCUCAAGCUAUUGUUGCGAAGAUCUACCCCAUUCUUGUCUUCCGUGACAAUGUCGUCCGCAGCAUCAGCAACAUUGUUUCUAAGAUCCCAGGUCUGGAGAGUCUGAUUGAGAAGAUUACCGAAAAGGUUACAUUGACCGUCAUGGGCCUUCUUGCACCUUACAUCACACCUCUGAUUGCUGCUGCUUCAAACAGUCUCAAGCAAGGUAGCAGCAGUGUCGUUGAUGCCAGUGGCAAGCACCAGUACGAAGUCUGGACCGACCCCUUCAGUACUGAUCCUACUCACUCUCUGCUGUCCAAGGACCACUUCAGCAACAUCUUGAACGAGCCCGCUGGAAAGGUCGCUGCUUGUAUUCUGCAGUAUGUUGCUCCUCGAGUCAUCUAUGCCUUCGACCACGUCGAUGUGCCUGAAGAUGAGGUUCUCAACGAUGUCCUUCGCGCUUUCCAUCAUCCCGCUAUUCGUGACCCUCACUGCGAGAUUCAGAAGAGUAUGUUCGCAGUUGUCGAGACUUGGUCUCACUCGCGUCACGAUCUUGACAGAGUUUUGAGCUCUGAAAGUGUCAAGGCUGGACACAACCACACUGGCGGCUCUAACCCCCACCUUCACUCUCAUGGUGGUCCAGAAGAUAUGCAAAACGUCUUCGGUAUGGGUCAGCAUGCCCAACAUCCUCAACGCGGCAUGGACGCGACCGGCACUCCCGAACAGCACAUGCCUGCCUACGGCCAGCCUCCACAUGCAGAUCAACAGGCGGGAUAUGGUGCACCUCCACCUGCGGACUACAAUCAGCAAUAUCAGCAGCCUUAUCAGCAACCCGCUCCUGCAGGUUUCGCCAACAAUGACCCUCACGCAUAUCCUAGUGCCUACCAACAAGGUUACGAGAUGCCAUAUGAUGGCUCAGCACCUUAUGGAGCGCCCCCACCUGGACCACCACAGCAGUACGGCGGUCAGUACGGAGCUCCACCUUCUGGCCCACCUCCACCUGGCCAGUACGGUGGGUAUGAUCAACAGCAGCAAGGCCCAGGACAUGGUCCACAUCCUCCACCUGGAUACGGUGGGAGUCAGUCCUCGGGAUAUUACCAAGGAGGUGGCUACUGA